AUGGCCGCCGUAACAACACCGACAUCAUUUGCCUCUCUGCCGCUGGAAAUACGCCGAAUGAUAUACAAGUAUAGUUUUUUUGGGGACAGCAGAUUAUAUCAGUUCCCAGAAAGAGAGGGUCGGCUCCGUAGUUUCCAGCAUCGUGAUGUGCAAGGUCUUUUACUAGUCGAAGCCUCCACCCGCCUGAUAGCUGAGGAAGCCCGGGAAUAUCUCUUCACGUCCCUCAAAUUUGGUCUUAACCUACAGGAUCCAUUGUAUACGCACUAUUCUGUUCUGAACCGUCGACUGGAUAUCAAGUCAUAUAUCAGGACGGUCGUGGUGUACUCAUCCAUCGACAAUAUCAGUGAGGAGAAGACAUUGACCCAACAGCUCGAGAUUCUUGAACCCUUACGUAGGCUUCGGAAGCUUACGAUCGGGAGCGUCCUUAUUCAGAAGCAUAGCGAGUCAUCAGACCUGGAGUGCUAUUUCAGGAUGAAUGCCUUGUGUACACCGUGUACAGACAGCUAUGUGCUGGUGAUAUCUAUUCGUGGAGGCAAAGACGAACUUGAACGAGUAAUUGAGAGAAUCGCUAGUCGUGUCCCUCAGCCUGCAAUGGUUGAAGGACGUCCUUGUGGAAAGUGCGCUUUUGAGACAGCUUCAUCAAAGCGAUAUGGAAAACUCUCGGUGAACAAUUGGGUGGGUUAG